AUGCCAUGUCUUCCUUCACGGGUGUUGUGCAGGUGGGAGGCGCAUUUGUGGGUGAAAGAGCUGGGCCGGCAGGUGUAUCUGGGUGGAUAUGAGAAUGAAGAGCAUGCGGCUGAAGCAUAUGAUGUGGCCGCCCUCAAAUGCAAAGGGCCUCGCGUUCGCACCAACUUCCCACUCUCACGGUACUCAGACCUGACGGAGUGCAUGGGUGGCAUCUCUGUGGAGGAGCUCAUCAUGGCAGUGCGAAGGCAGAGCCAAGGCUUCUCGCGCGGGACCUCUGCAUUCCGAGGCGUCACACAUCACCCUUCAGGUCGAUGGGAGGCUCGAAUUGGGGUGCCUGGCAGCAAGCACAUCUACCUAGGCCUUUUCACUGGCGAACGCGAGGCUGCAAAGGCAUACGACCGUGCUCUAGUCCGCCUCCGCGGAACAGCAGCUGCUACCAACUUUGCGCUUUCUGACUACCGCAACGAUCUUGCUGACUACCACAAGAUGCAACAGGUUUGGCUUCUGAUUGGACGCCCUCCUGGAUUUUACUCCUAA